GAAUUUUCAAUUUGAAUGCAAUAACGUUCAUUUUGUUGUCUUGAUUCUGGAAUACUCGAAAAUUUCUUUGUUGUGGGCUGCGUUAUUUAAGUUUUCAAGAAAUUUAAGCGAAGAGAUAAGAUAGGAACUGUGAACUUGUUUCGGCGAGGGAAAAAACUGCAUUAAAAAUGACUAGAGACAUAUAUUAUUCUGAAAAAUAUUAUGACGAAGAACAUGAAUACAGACAUGUGGUUUUGCCAAAAGAGAUGGUAAAGCUGGUGCCCAAAAAUCAUCUCAUGAGUGAACAGGAGUGGCGCAGUAUUGGUGUGCAGCAGAGUCAAGGAUGGGUUCAUUACAUGACUCACCAACCAGAACCUCAUAUCCUGUUGUUUAAAAGAAAACGAACACCACCAGAAAAUAAGUGAAGGAAUAGCAGUUUGGAUUUGUGUAUAAUUUUGUUGUAAUGAUAUAAUAUCUAGUUAUAAUUAGUUGUAAUCUCAAGAAAUUUGGUAACACCAGUAUUUUUGGUUGUAUUGGGAUCUGGAAUCAUACAAUUUUUACUCUAUUUCAAACUUUUACAUAUGUAGCAACUUAACUUUUAUGUUAAAAAGACAAUAAUUAAACAAUCAUAUUUCUUACAAUAAUAACUGGCUGUAAAGUUUUUGUAUAGGUUAACUAAAGCCAUGUAGAACAGUAAUGUAUAACAUGGUCACAUUUACUUGACGCAUCGCUGGAAUGCUAUAACAUGCCCGCUCCAUAAUGACCUCAUCAAACCAUGCGUCAACUGUCAAGUUAAUGUCAUUGUGUUAUAUAUGAAGAUCCCACCAUGUGGAGGUUUUGCUCCCGGGGAGCCCUAGCAUGUACGGUUCCUAAAUUGUGGUGUAAGGUAGAUCCUGCAGCUUAUAUUUACGAAUAUCUCAUAGUCGUAAGAUUUGUUACAUAAGUUCCAUGACAAUAUUUUUUGGCAAUGUUUACGUCCACUGGUUUGACAAUGUGCCAUUAUGUUUGCAUGCAUGUGAAUCUUAUCAUGUUUUAGAUUCGGACAGUGUAAAUAAUGUAAAUCGACAUCAUUUUAGUGUUUUUAACAUUGGGUACAAAUAAAUUAUUCGGUGCUAAGUCAA